AUGGGAGGUGUCUACUCAAGUGAGAGGAUAUCUGGUGUUUUCUCCUACGAGAGCUCAGAGGUCGACUGGUGUGAAGACAACUACAAACAUUCCGAACAUGUGGUGGAGUCAUUUAACACUAUGAGCAGCUGCAUUUUCUUCAUUGUAUCUCCCAUCAUGCUCUACCUUCUUCACCCUUACGCCAAAGAGAGAAAUUUGGCAAUUCACCUAGUCUGGGUCAUGAUGUUAUUUGUAGGUAUCUUCUCAGCCUACUUCCACAUGACUCUCAGUUUUGUUGGCCAGAUGCUGGAUGAGUUGUCAAUCUUGUGGGCUUUGGCAGUGGGAUACGCCAUAUGGUUCCCACGCAAGCUGUUCCCUUCUUUUAUUACGGACAGGUCCACCUUCUCGAGGCUUAUCCUGGUGGUUACUGUCAUCACUUCAGUGUCUUCCUUUGUUAAGCCUACUGUCAAUGCCUAUGCUCUCAACUGCUUUGGCCUGCACAUGCUCUACAUUCUGGCUAUUGAGUUGAGAUGUUGCACUGACCAAAAGGUUUUGAGGCUGGCAAAAUUUUCAGUGGCUUUGUGGACAUUGGCUAUCUCCUGUUGGAUUAGUGAUCGCUGGUGCUGUGGAUUUUGGCAAAGGCUAAACUUCUGCUACUUGCAUGGUAUCUGGCAUAUUUUGAUCGUAAUAGCUGUGGCAUAUGGGAGCACACUUAUAGCCUACCUGGAUGCCAACUACGAGAUCCCUUACUCUCUGCCCGGACUGCAAUACUGGCCCUGUGAUAAAUGGGGACUUGGAAUACCUCACAUUGUCCUGAAGGGCACAACCAAGACACUUAAACGGUGCUAA